GUGUUUAUGCGACUAGGAAUGGUGUCCAAAGCAAAUUAAAAUUCGAAAGAACUUGUUAUUUCAUUGAUAUAUCAGAAAACUGUACUAUUUUAACGAUGGCUGACGAUAUUGAUGAUCUUUUAGACGAAGUUGAGGAAAAAUUUGUAACCAAAACACCAACGAAAAGACCGGAAUCAAAGCCUAAAAUUCAAGUAAAUUCCAGCAACAAGAAAAAUCGUGACUCUGAUCUUGAUGAUAUGAUCAACGAUAUAUGUGAUGUUCCUGAACCUUUGGAGACACUAGGCAACAAUGUCAAAGAUACAGAGAAACAUGAGAGAAUAGUCACAUCUGCUCAGAAAAAAUGCUAUCCAAUAUAUCUAGGAGGAAGCAACAAUGCGCAGGGCAUAGCUAAUACAAUAAAUCAGAGGACAUGUGACAGGUUGCGCUGUACAGACUGCGACUUCAAGAUUGUCAAUUAUGACAACUACCAAUGGCAUUCUUCCGUCGAUUAUUUAUUUCUCAGGAAUAAUGUACCUGAUUUGAAGAAACUUAGUGCUAAACUUGUGCAAAAGAAAGGUUAUAGAGCAUAUGCGUGUCAGUGUAAAUGGAAGUCUGUGAACGAUAUAGUAAACUUGAACAAUCUUAGCGAUCUCAAGUGGAUCUGUGGCAAACAUUGAAUCAUUGCAGUAGAGGAUUAUGGGUAAUUUGGCAGACGUUCCUGUCAUGUACGAUUUAAAUUAUUGCAUUUAGUAGCAUUCGUGUAUUUGGUGAUAUUUGAUUAAAAAUAACUGCAGCUAGCAAUUACAUGGUUGCAUAUACUGUACUCCCAGGAGUUUUUGUGUGAUUUUAUUUAUGCAAUUGGCGACUGUGGUAAAAUCGUGAAAUUCGCAA